CUGAGAAUGACGAGAUGAAAGGAUGCCACGACGGCAUCGGCGGGUAUGACGGCUGUCGACGCUGGCGAUGAUGGAGACGAAGGAGGCACAAGGUGGUCGUCGGCUGCACUAAGCUUUGCCGGCGGAGACGAUGACGAAGACAAGGGAGACCUAUUUGAGCCGCCAGCCCUCUUCCUUACUGUUCCAAACAGCGUCCAGCAGCUGCUUCUCUCAAUCGCCAGCCUCCUGCCGCCCGUGACCAGAAGACGUCGCCGCGCCAGCGACCAGCAGCCGGCGCCGAUUCCCGUCGCCGCGCCAGCCGCCCAGCAGCAAUCGCCGCCCCUUCAUCUCCUCUCAAUCGCCGCCCAUUCAUCCUCCCCAGCCCCGGCGACCAGCAGACCGAUUCCCGGUCAAAAAUCAUCGUCGCCGAUCAUCCCUCAUCGUCGCCGGUCAUCCCUCAUCGUCGCCAACGCCUUCAUCUCUCCUCGUAACCAGCCGCGCGCCGACGGCGGCAGCGCCUCUCCCUCGCGACUUGCAACCUUCGCCCGCGCAAACAGUUGUGUCGUCGCCUCGUCUUGGCCUUGCGAACAAACGCCGCUGUAAUCUCUCCAUCGUGACCGCCACCUUGUCUCGCCAUCGCGACCAGCCGUCGGCUCUCUUCCGCUCGUCCCUCGACCGGGGCACUCCUCAGUCGACCUGCACCGAGCCCAAGUGUCGCCGAUCUUCACCUCCCCUGCAACAAGCUCUCUUUCUAGUUUUCAGUUCUUGUAACUAAACGCGUUUUUUAUUCUUGUUGUAAGCUUUUCUGAUUUUUAAAUUUAUCAACUUAACAAGUUGGGUUAAUACCCUAGUUUGGCCCAAAAUUUAGCGUGAGUGAUAGUUAUGGCCUCAUUUUUCAAAUAAGAC